CAGCAAGGUGGAACACAAAGGCCCUGUGCUGAGCACCCAUAAUCCUCUGGGGGUACCCCCCCCAAAACAGCACCCCCACCAUGUUUAAUCUAAUGAAGAAAGACAAGGACAAAGAUGGAGGGCGGAAGGAGAAGAAGGAGAAAAAGGAGAAGAAGGAGCGGAUGUCAGCGGCAGAGCUGAGGAGCCUGCCUGGUUUAUACUCCACUCACAUGUCCUCCAAGCGCGAAUCGAAGAUGCGCCUGGAGAUCUCCAACCCCAUCCCCAUCAAGGUGGCCAGCGGCUCCGACCUGCACCUGACUGACAUUGACUCCGACAGCAACAGGGGCAGCAUCAUCCUGGACUCGGGCCACCUCAGCACAGCCAGCUCCAGCGAUGACCUCAAGGGUGAGGAAGGCAGUUUCCGGGGCUCCGUGCUGCAGCGGGCGGCCAAGUUCGGCUCCCUGGCCAAGCAGAACUCCCAGAUGAUUGUCAAGCGCUUCUCCUUCUCCCAGCGGAGCCGGGACGAGAGUGCCUCUGAGACCUCCACCCCCUCGGAGCACUCUGCCGCCCCAUCGCCACAGGUGGAGGUGAGGACUCUAGAGGGACAACUGGCGCAGCAUCCUGGCCCAGGCCACCCUCGACCAGGGCCUCGGUCCCAAGUCCCUGAGCUGGUGACGAAACGGUUUCCGGCUGACCUGCGCUUGCCCCCCGUGGUGCCCCCGCCACCCCCUGCCCUCCGGGAGCUGGAGCUGCAACGAAGGCCCACUGGAGACUUUGGCUUCUCCCUGCGGCGCACAACCAUGCUGGAUCGGAGCCCCGAGGGCCAGGUCUAUCGGAGGGUGGUUCACUUUGCUGAGCCUGGUGCGGGCACCAAGGACCUGGCCCUGGGGCUGGUGCCAGGUGACCGUCUGGUGGAGAUUAAUGGGCACAACGUGGAGAGCAAGUCCAGGGAUGAGAUUGUGGAGAUGAUCCGGCAGUCAGGGGACAGCGUGCGGCUCAAGGUGCAACCCAUCCCAGAGCUCAGCGAGCUCAGCCGGAGCUGGCUGCGGAGUGGCGAGGGACCACGCAGGGAGCCGGCUGAUGUGAAGACAGAGGAGCAGAUUGCAGCGGAGGAGGCCUGGCACGAGACAGAGAAGGUGUGGCUGGUCCAUAAGGAUGGCUUCUCUCUGGCCAGUCAGCUCAAAUCCCAGGAGCUCAGCCUGCCCGAGGGGAAGGUGCGCGUGAAGCUAGACCACGAUGGCGCCAUCCUGGAUGUGGAUGAGGACGACGUGGAGAAGGCCAACGCCCCCUCCUGCGACCGUCUGGAAGACCUGGCCUCGCUGGUGUACCUCAAUGAGUCCAGCGUGGUGCACACUCUGCGCCAGCGCUACGGCGCUAGCCUGCUGCACACGUACGCCGGCCCCAGCCUGCUGGUCCUCAGCCCCCGGGGGGCCCCCGCUGUGUACUCCGAGAAGGUGAUGCACAUGUUCAAGGGGUGUCGGCGGGAGGACAUGGCCCCCCACAUCUAUGCCGUGGCCCAGACGGCAUACAGGGCAAUGCUGAUGAGCCGUCAGGACCAGUCCAUCAUCCUCCUGGGCAGCAGUGGCAGUGGCAAGACCACCAGCUGCCAGCACCUGGUGCAGUACCUGGCCACCAUCGCAGGCACCAGCGGGAACAAGGUGUUUUCUGUGGACAAGUGGCAGGCUCUGUACACCCUCCUGGAAGCCUUUGGGAACAGCCCCACCAUCAUGAACGGCAAUGCCACUCGCUUCUCCCAGAUCCUCUCCCUGGACUUUGACCAAGCUGGCCAGGUGGCCUCGGCCUCCAUCCAGACGAUGCUUCUGGAGAAACUGCGCGUGGCUCGGCGCCCGGCCAGCGAGGCCACCUUCAAUGUCUUCUACUACCUGCUGGCCUGCGGGGAUGGCACCCUCAGGACAGAGCUCCACUUGAACCACUUGGCAGAGAACAAUGUGUUCGGGAUUGUGCCACUGGCCAAGCCCGAGGAGAAGCAGAAGGCAGCUCAGCAGUUCAGUAAGCUACAGGCGGCCAUGAAGGUGCUGGGCAUCUCCCCCGAUGAGCAGAAAGCCUGCUGGCUCAUCCUGGCUGCCAUCUACCACCUGGGGGCUGCAGGAGCCACCAAAGAAGCUGCUGAAGCUGGGCGCAAGCAGUUUGCCCGCCACGAGUGGGCCCAGAAAGCCGCGUACCUGUUGGGCUGCAGCCUGGAGGAGCUCUCCUCGUCCAUCUUUAAGCACCAGUACAAGGGUGGCACCCUGCAGCGCUCCACCUCCUUCCGCCAGGGCCCGGAGGAGAGCGGCCUGGGAGAUGGGACAGGCCCCAAACUGAGUGCGCUGGAGUGCUUAGAGGGCAUGGCGUCCGGCCUCUACAGCGAGCUCUUCACCCUUCUUGUCUCUCUGGUGAACAGGGCUCUCAAGUCCAGCCAGCACUCCCUCUGCUCUAUGAUGAUUGUGGACACUCCGGGCUUCCAGAACCCUGAGCAGGGCGGGGCGGCCCGAGGAGCCUCCUUUGAGGAGCUGUGCCACAACUACGCCCAGGACCGGCUGCAGGGGCUCUUCCACGAGCGCACCUUUGUGCAGGAGCUGGAAAGAUACAAGGAGGAGAACAUCGAGGUGGCGUUUGACGACUUGGAGCCGGCCACGGACGAUUCUGUUUCUGCCGUGGACCAAGCCUCCCAUCAGUCCCUGGUCCGCUCACUGGCCCGCACAGACGAGGCCCGGGGCCUGCUGUGGCUAUUGGAGGAGGAGGCCCUGGUGCCGGGGGCCACUGAGGAUGCCCUCCUGGAGCGCCUUUUCUCCUACUAUGGCCCCCAGGAAGGUGACAAAAAAGGCCAAAGCCCCCUCCUGCGCAGCAGCAAACCACGCCAUUUUCUCCUGGGCCACAGCCAUGGCACCAACUGGGUGGAGUACAAUGUGGCUGGCUGGCUGAGCUACACCAAACAGAACCCGGCUACCCAGAAUGCCCCCCGGCUCCUGCAGGACUCCCAGAAGAAAAUCAUCAGCAACCUGUUUCUGGGCCGGGCGGGCGGCGCCACGGUGCUCUCGGGCUCCAUCGCGGGCCUGGAGGGCGGCUCGCAGCUGGCGCUGCGCCGGGCCACCAGCAUGAGGAAGACCUUCACCACGGGCAUGGCGGCGGUCAAGAAGAAGUCCCUGUGCAUCCAGAUUAAGCUGCAGGUGGACGCCCUCAUUGACACCAUCAAGAAGUCGAAGCUGCACUUCGUGCACUGCUUCCUGCCUGUGGCGGAGGGCUGGGCCGGGGAGCCCCGGGCCGCCUCCUCCCCCCGAGUCAGCAGCAGCAGCGAGCUGGACCUGCCUUCAGGGGACCACUGCGAGGCUGGGCUCCUGCAGCUGGACGUGCCCCUGCUCCGCGCCCAGCUUCGCGGCUCCCGCCUGCUCGAUGCCAUGCGCAUGUACCGCCAAGGUUACCCUGACCACAUGGUAUUUUCCGAGUUCCGCCGCCGCUUUGAUGUCCUGGCCCCACACCUGACCAAGAAACACGGGCGCAACUACAUCGUCAUGGAUGAAAGGCGGGCGGUGGAGGAGCUGCUGGAGUCCUUGGACCUGGAGAAGAGCAGCUGCUGCAUGGGCCUGAGCCGGGUGUUCUUCCGGGCAGGCACAUUGGCACGGCUAGAGGAGCAGCGGGACGAACAGACCAGCAGGAACCUGACCCUGUUCCAGGCGGCCUGCAGGGGCUACCUGGCCCGGCAGCACUUCAAGAAGAAAAAGAUCCAGGACCUGGCCAUUCGCUGUGUGCAGAAGAACAUCAAGAAGAACAAAGGGGUGAAGGACUGGCCCUGGUGGAAGCUCUUUACCACCGUGCGGCCACUCAUUGAGGUGCAGCUGUCGGAGGAGCAGAUCCGGAACAAAGACGAGGAGAUCCAGCAGCUGCGGACCAAGCUUGAGAAAGUGGAGAAGGAGCGGAAUGAGCUGCGGCUCAACAGUGACCGGCUGGAGACCCGGAUCUCAGAGCUGACAUCGGAGCUGACAGAUGAACGUAACACGGGAGAGUCCGCCUCCCAGCUGCUGGACGCGGAGACUGCGGAGAGGCUCCGAGCUGAGAAAGAGAUGAAGGAGCUGCAGACCCAGUAUGACGCACUGAAGAAGCAAAUGGAGGUGAUGGAAAUGGAGGUGAUGGAGGCCCGUCUCAUCCGGGCAGCCGAGAUCAACGGGGAAGUGGACGAUGAUGAUGCAGGUGGCGAGUGGCGCCUGAAGUAUGAGCGAGCCGUGCGGGAGGUGGAUUUCACCAAGAAGCGGCUCCAGCAGGAGUUUGAGGACAAGCUGGAGGUGGAGCAGCAGAACAAGAGGCAGUUGGAGAGGCGGCUCGGGGACCUGCAGGCAGAUAGUGAUGAGAGCCAGCGGACUCUGCAGCAGCUCAAGAAGAAGUGCCAACGGCUGACGGCUGAGCUGCAGGACACCAAACUGCACCUGGAGGGCCAGCAGGUCCGCAACCACGAGCUGGAGAAGAAACAGAGAAGGUUUGACAGCGAGCUCUCGCAGGCGCACGAGGAGGCGCAGCGGGAGAAGCUGCAGCGGGAGAAGCUGCAGCGGGAGAAGGACAUGCUCCUCGCCGAGGCUUUCACCCUGAAACAGCAGCUGGAGGAGAAAGACAUGGACAUUGCAGGGUUCACCCAGAAGGUCGUCUCCCUGGAGGCUGAGCUCCAGGACAUUUCCUCCCAAGAGUCCAAGGAUGAAGCCUCUCUGGCCAAGGUCAAGAAACAGCUCCGGGACCUGGAGGCCAAGGUCAAGGACCAGGAAGAGGAACUGGAUGAGCAGGCGGGGACCAUCCAGAUGCUGGAACAGGCCAAGCUGCGACUCGAGAUGGAGAUGGAGCGGAUGAGACAGACCCAUUCCAAGGAGAUGGAGAGUCGGGAUGAGGAGGUGGAGGAGGCCCGGCAGUCAUGUCAGAAGAAGUUAAAACAAAUGGAAGUGCAGCUUGAGGAGGAAUAUGAGGACAAGCAGAAGGUGCUGCGAGAGAAGCGGGACCUGGAGAGCAAGCUCACCACACUCAGUGACCAGGUGAACCAGCGGGACUUCGAGUCAGAGAAGCGGCUCCGGAAAGAUCUGAAGCGCACCAAGGCCCUGUUGGCGGACGCCCAGAUCAUGCUGGACCACCUGAAGAACAACGCGCCCAGCAAGCGGGAGAUCGCCCAGCUGAAGAACCAGCUGGAGGAGUCCGAGUUCACCUGUGCCGCCGCCGUGAAAGCACGCAAAGCCAUGGAGGUGGAGAUCGAAGACCUGCACCUGCAGAUUGAUGACAUCGCCAAAGCCAAGACGGCGCUGGAGGAGCAGCUGAGCCGCCUUCAGCGCGAGAAGAACGAGAUCCAGAACCGGCUGGAGGAGGAUCAGGAAGACAUGAAUGAGCUGAUGAAGAAGCACAAGGCAGCUGUGGCUCAGGCCUCCCGGGACCUGGCUCAGAUGAAUGACCUCCAGGCUCAGCUCGAAGAAACCAACAAGGAGAAGCAAGAGCUGCAGGAGAAGCUACAAGCCCUCCAGAGCCAAGUGGAGUUCCUAGAGCAGUCCAUGGUGGACAAGUCCUUGGUGAGCCGACAGGAAGCUAAGAUCCGAGAGCUGGAGACACGCCUGGAGUUCGAAAGGACCCAAGUGAAGCGGCUGGAGAGCCUGGCCAGCCGGCUCAAGGAGAACAUGGAGAAGCUGACUGAGGAGCGGGAUCAGCGCACCGCAGCUGAGAACCGGGAGAAAGAGCAGAACAAGAGGCUGCAGCGGCAGCUCCGGGACACCAAGGAGGAGAUGGGCGAGCUGGCCAGGAAGGAGGCCGAGGCAAGCCGCAAGAAGCACGAACUGGAAAUGGAUCUGGAGAGUCUGGAGGCUGCUAACCAGAGCCUGCAGGCCGAUCUAAAACUGGCAUUCAAGCGCAUCGGGGACCUGCAGGCCGCCAUUGAGGAUGAGAUGGAGAGCGAUGAGAACGAGGACCUCAUCAACAGCGAGGGCGACUCAGAUGUGGACUCGGAGCUGGAGGACCGGGUCGACGGGGUCAAGUCGUGGUUGUCGAAAAACAAGGGGCCCUCUUCCAAGGCAACGUCCGACGAUGGCAGCUUGAAGAGUUCCAGCCCCACCAACUACUGGAAGUCCCUUGCCCCUGACCGGUCAGAUGAAGAGCACGACCCUGUUGACAGCACGUCCAGGCCCCGACACUCCCACAGCUACCCGAGUGACAGCGACACAGAGGCCAAGCCAACGGAGACCGACGCGUAGCUUCCCACCCCAUGGGCUGCCGCCGCCACAGCACCUCUCCCAGGAAAGAGCGGGGCACAGGUCUCCCCACCUGACUGCUGAUCUGCAGGAGACACACCUGACCCUCUUGGGUCAGGCUGUGGGGUCUGAUGUCUCCACAUGGAAGAGGUGGGGGAGGAGGAGUUUCUGAUAAGAGAACUUUUUGCUCCUUCUGCCUCCAACAGGCCACCCUCUUGGCUUCGAUCCUGGGCCACUGUGGGCAGUGGCAGGUGGCCGAGCACUGCACGGAGCCAGCAAGUUGACCUCCAUCUCAGCCCUCUGCUCAGGGACAGUGGACAGAUCACCUACAGGGACCUUCUCGGUUGUUGGGUCCAUGGGGCGGAGUUGGGGGCUGGAACAGCAAUUCCUUCCCCCUGGCUUGGGGUGAGGGCUUUCUCUUCUCAGUGCCUGCUGUCUUUUUACUUUUUAAUUUAAAUACCCAACCUCUCCAUCACAGCUGCAUCCCUGAGUGUGGGCGGGGGCUGUGCUGGCAGCUGGGGCCCCAGGAUGACGGGGAAUUUCAUCUCCAUGUUCACUUCGGAGAGCAGCCCUUUCUCUGUGCAGCUGGAGAGACGGCUAAGCAGAGCUUCCAGGUGCUU